UGCACUUGAAGGUAAGUGAGAUUAAACUUUUUUUUUUUUUAUUUGAUUUCAUUUUAUGUUAGUUAAAUGAUUUAGUUUUGCAUGGGUGUAAGAAAGAAAGAUAUACGUUCUGAUAAUUAGUGUGUAUAAAUAGUGUUAGAAAUAUGACUUUGUAGUAGUUAUUAGAAAAGUACAGGUUAAUAACUACAAUUUUUUCAUUCUCUUUGAUUAACUGAUGUCAUAACCAAGUAAAGGUAGCCAACAGUCUUUUGAUCUUUCUAAUUUCCAUUCAGGUGGCAUUUAUGGAGCAGCUUGAUUCAGUGACACGGUCCACUUUACAAGGAUUCCAUCUUCAAGCAAUUAAUGAAGAGACUCCACAACAUAAGAACCCCAAAGCAGAAACAGGGUCCAACACCACAACGAAGAAAGAAAAGGCGUUUGGAUUUUGAGGACUACGAUGGUGAUUCAAGCUCUUGCACAUUAGAUUCAGCAGAAAGCAGCAAUGCUUCAGCUGUAAUGUUGGACACAGGAGAGAGUAGCACACCACCACCAUCAGUGAGCACAAAACCACUUGCUGGAGGAACAGUUGAACAAGAUAUACCAUUCAGUCAGGCUGACCACAGAAGAGAUGAAGACCAUUCUGACACUGGUAGUCAACAAAGCCAGGCCAGACAUUACCAUACCCUCCAAGAGAUCUAUAAAAGACCAAAGCCUAACAAGGAAGCAGUUGCUCAACUACUUGACCUUGAGUUUGAUGCUCGGAGAGCCUUCAUCAACUCGGACUGUUUCAAGGAUCAGGACAGACCUUCAAAGAUACUGCAAGCUUACCCCUGUUUCAGGGAACUACAUCAUGUGAUGGAUGAACUCGGCAGGAUUCUUGACAAAGGUAACCCCAGAUUCAUCCCAAAACUAAAGGCCUGUUGGGAGAGCUUCUACAGCAAAGCUCAAUUCUAUGGGGUUUACAAAAAGGUUUUGAAGCCACCAAUGACACUAGAUGGAGGUAAACUACCUGCCUUAACUAUUGUUUGA